AUGUUAGCAACGGGAUUAUGUGUGUUUCUGAAGGUGUUGGCGUUGGCGGGAAGCGUCUCGGCGCUUCUGCCAGAAGACUUCGAAGAACGGGCUGCUCCUGCCAAUCUGCAAGAGGAAUGCGCCUCGAAAUGCCCCGAUCUCGACUUGAAUCAGAAUCGAACAGACGACUCGAGCUCGGAAGUGGGAUGCGGUGUGCGAUGCAAGAUCGAUCAGUGUACAAAAGGCUGCGAAGCGUGGCAACAGGCCCUGGACACGAGCUGCCAAGCCGUUUGCAACGGAACGCAAGAGCUACUACCGCCGAAAGAACUGUACUGUGUUCUGGGUUGUCACGACGCGUUGAACCGUUACUUCCAACAGCUAAAAGCGGAAAUUGGCGUACCACCGGCGCCGGCGUUGGUCGCGGACUCGUUGACUGCAACAUCCCUUCGUCUCGAGUGGAAAGGAAUCGACGUCGAAAGACGUGGCGGCGGUAUUUCGUACCUGGUGCAGUGGAGGUACGAGGAACUGGCCGAAACCUGGCAGUACUGUAGGAACCAGUCAUGGGGCGAGGAUGAUCAGAUUCUGGUGGAGAACUUGCAGCCGUACACGAAAUACAGGUUUCGCGUAGCGUUGCUGUUGAAAUCGUCGCAGCAUAAUCCUGAGCCGAUCGUGUCCGCUCCGAGCGUUGUGAUACGAACGCUGGCAGCCGGUUUCCCGACCUCAGCACCGGUAAUUGUAAGAGCGGCGGUGGUAGACAGCUGCCGCGUCUCUGUGUCUUGGGAACCGGGCCCUUUCCCGAAUGGGCCACUUUUGUCUUAUGUCCUGCGUCUGCAAGGGGCUGACCACUCCCAGCUUAAGGAUAUACCAACAUCGGAGAACACGGAUCAUUACAUGUUCCAAAAUCUCGAGCCGAACAAGAAUUAUUCAAUAAGCGUGACCAUGAGAAACGAGGCUGGCGAGGGUCCUCCCGCGGUCAUUUACAUCACGACUACUCCAGAACCAGCCGUUAAGGAUACGCAACAACCGAUACUAAUUCUUGGAGGUCAGCACAUGGUUAUGAAGCAAGACGCUGACAUGUUGGACGACCCCAGUGUCGUUUAUGAAAACACCAGCACGAUCCGCGGGGUCGCGAUUCACGUUGCCUCGGCUCAGCUGUUCGUUUCCGACUCCGUGGGAUACGUGUAUAGAACAUCCAUAACAAAACGUACAAAACCCACGGUGAUACUCAGUCCUAGCCAGGCGAACUUCAAACCCCUGAGUCUGUCUGUGGAUUGGUUGAAUCUUCAUUUGUACAUCCUGGGCGAGGUGAAACACGCGACGACAGUUUGGCAGAUAGCCAGAUGCAAUUUAGAUGGAAGGGGAUUGACGGUAGCAGUGGCUGGUUUCUUGACAAGGCCCACUCAUAUCGAAGUGGAUCCGUACAAUGGGUAUCUAUUCUGGGUCACCAGGGGCGGUUUAUACCGACUGGAUCUGGCUGACAUAAGUAAUGGAGUGAAGCACGAGGUUCAACCGUAUUUGAUCCUAGACGAUGCACACUUAGGUGCAUUUACCGUCGAUCACACGAACUUUCGCUUGCUAGUCCCUCAUCACAUUCAGAACACAGUGAUAUCGGUUUCCCUGGAUGGUCGCGAGGUUCUGGACCUACGCGCUAACACGCAGCAGCCGAAAUUCAAGAACGUCGUCUCCUUGGCCAUGGCGAACGGUUUGUUCUAUUGGACAAACGGGGAAGAGGUGCUGAUCGAGGGCUACCACUCGGGCCAGAACAGAUACUUUCACAAUGCUUAUCCCGACAGAUCGAACGGUUCGUUUGUCAGUGUCAAUGUACUUAUGGACGCGAGCCAGCCGGUUCCAGUCCCCGUGAACCCACCCACGGGAGUACAGGCUGUUCUGGGUGUGGAAAGGGCCAAAGUCUCUUGGCAAGCGCCUCAUCUGUUGGGCGGCCAGGGUAAAGGCGCCUGGCAGAAUUGGUCGUACGAACUCGAGAUCAAAGAUGAGUCCACCGGGGAGACGAUUCACCAGAAGGAUAUCGCUGGCUCGUCUCAUACGGUGCACAAUCUUCGGGAGAAAUCGGAGUAUUCGAUCAAAGCGGCUGCCUACACGAGCGCUGGUAGAGGACCAUGGUCUACCGAGUUUAGGGGACGAACAUUGAGAGAUGGAUCACACGCGUCCAUUCUGUGGUCCGCGAACGAGGGUUUAUUAAGAAGCGACGUGACUGGUGAAAAUAUCGAUACUCUGAUCUACAAAGCCAGUCUGAAAGAAGCAGAGACCGAUUAUCAUAUCGUUGACGUGAGCUGGUACAAGGACGUUCUCUACAUCGUCGGCAAUAAUUCAGCGAUAUAUCGAUACAAUAUCACCAGCCAUCAGAAAACGAAGAUGAACAUUAACUCUGUCGGGAGUGUUGCUGUUGAUUGGAUAUCGAGAAAGUUGUACUGGGCCAAUCCGAAACAACAAAUUAUAACAAGAGCACAUUUAAAUGGAUCUCACCAAGAACCAAUGUCGAUUCUAGCUAUCGUCAAAGAGCUGAUGAUCGACUCUUUAGAAGCGUAUUUAUACUGGUCGACGGGACACGCUGUCGAAGUUGCACGGUUGAACGGUCAAGACAGAAGAUACUACCAUUCGGAUGAGAUAUUUAAUGGCAAACAAGUGAUGGGUUUAACUCUGGAUACAGAAAACAGAUACGUUUAUUGGAUCGUUCGAAGUUACGAGAGCGGAUCGAUCGUCUAUCGUGCGCCUACAUCCGAGAGGAUUCCUAUGAUCCACAAAAUCGUACCCGAAAAGGUCUCGGCUCUACAACACCCAAACAUGCAAGGGCCACUGUGUUACUUCUCGGAACAUCUUCUGUGGCUUCAAGACGAUCGAAACGCGGUGAUAGGCGAUCUGUCCGGUCAAAACACUGCCGUGAUAAAUGGUAUCACUCUAUCGGGCCUCCACAUGGUGGCCGUCAUGGAUCCUGCUCUUCAUCAAUAUCCGAACAAUCUCACCUCGGAAACAGUGGUCGUUUUACCAAAGGCGGUUAACUACAACAGUAUUAGGGUCGAAGGAACGUGGAGGAACUUCAACAUAUCUUGGGAUCCCGUGGAGAACAUAAAUUACGGAACUGUAUUUUACGAAGUGAAAUUCGCGGACUAUAUUAACACUAAUUCGAAUCCAGAGAUAACCACAGAGACCUCGAUGGCGUACAACAAUUCCGAGCAGAUUCUACCGUACUCGGUUCUGGAAGUGACCGUGAAAGCGUUCACCUAUUGGGAAACGGCGCAUCACACGAGAAGGACACUUAGAUCCCCCCAGAGUGUGCCGAGUCAACCAACGAAUCCCAGAGCGUUCAUAGAAUUCCAUAAAGAACCUCUUAGCGAGACCGUUGAUAUAUUUGCGAUAUUCAGAUGGAAUCAACCGGAGUUCACGAACGGUGUGAUCACCGGUUAUACCGUCCAAUGCUGGAACCUCGUGGAGGUGCAACUCUGCGACCAAUCUCUUAUUAUCGAUAAACUGGAGCACGCUGUGCACGAUCUGCUGCCGAACACCACGUAUUACUUUCAAGUUCGUGCUCACACGAAAAUAGGACCGGGUCCGUAUUCCGAUGUGAUCAACGUGUCGACGGUAUACGAGAACCCGGUGCCGCAAUUGUUGGUCGCCACUAUGGACGCUGUAAGGAUAUCCGACUUGGAUCAAGAGAAGAACGACACCAUCACCCGCCACAUCGCGGUCGAAGUGACGUAUCUGGCGGCGGACGGCAAGAUCUAUUGGAUAAACGAGAUGCAGGAGCUGGUCACGGCCGAUCUGAACGGAGUGAACGCCACCAAGAUCUUGACAUUGAACAACACCGCCCUCAGCUUAACUGUCGAUUGGGUCUCGAGGAAUCUGUACUGGUCGGAGUCGGACUACCGUGAGAACGGAGGUCAGAUCUUCAAGCUAGACCUGACCACGUCGCAAGGUGGGAUUCUUAAGUACGAGAACAUCGUUACGGCGAGCAGACGUAUUCUGAACCUCGAUAUACUACCGUCUACAGGGUCAUUAUACUGGAUCGAGUUAACGAAAAACGACAGAGGCGUGAUAAUGCAAGCAGACUUGAACGGUAAAGCCGUUCAACCCUUCUUCAAUCACAUGGACCAUUGCUCCUGCCCGUAUAGACCAUCCGUGAUCCCUGUGAUGACGAUCGAUAACACCAGUUUCCAGAAACCGACCAUGUACUGGGUCUCCCUCGAAGGACACUUGAACAUCGCCGAUAUUAACGGGUGCACGUGCAGCAUGAUUGUGAACGCGGAUUUCAACAAGGGACUUCCACCGACUUCGCUGACCGUGGACAAGAAGAACAUAUACUGGUCCAAUUUCGAGGAGGGUCAGAUUUAUUUCAUAAACAAGGAAUAUCCAUACGACGGGGAGAUUCUACAUUAUUACUUGCCGGCUGUGAGAAGUAUCAAGGCUCUAGGAAAGUCUUUGCAACCGUAUCCGACCACGAAUUGUUUGAUACCUCGUCAGGUGUCCUACAACGUGAAAGAGAUCAGGAAAACGGAGAACAGCAUCACCGUGAGGCUUCCUCAGCCAGUUCCUCACUUUGGCUGCGAGAGAUACAAUUUACCAACGACCCUGUACACAAUAUACGUGUCCCAAUGUCUGGAGAACGACCCGAGCAAGUGCGAGGAUAGCGACAGAACGAGGCUGCAGACUUACGAUAAAGAGUACGGGAUCAGGGAUCUGAAUCCUUUCACGAAGUACAGGUUGACAGUGGCGUUGAGUAACUACUACGCUGAUUUGGAGUCGAUGAGCCUGGAGUUCGGUUCCGGUGUUGUCUUAAGAACGGGCGCUGGGAUUCCCACAGCUCUUCGAUACGAGGUACACUGGAGACUGGUCCGACUGAUAAAUGGGGCGCGGCAGAAAGGCGAACAGUUGAUAAAAAGUCCCGAAAGCACAGCCGAUGGUAGAUUCUUCACCAUGCUGGAACCAUGGUUACCGGGCCAGGAGUAUUUAGUGUUUGUCCGAGCUUAUCCUGUUCACUUGGGACUGGGUCUAGACGUUUACAGUCAGAGUCCCGAUCAAGUGGUGAAAAUGUUCCCGGAACCUAACAACCUAACGUUAACCGGCGUCAGCGUGAACAGUAUGAACGUAACCUGGGCGCCUACCGCCAACUUGACGAUCAAAUACACUUUAGAGUACAAAGACGUCGCAGUGGAAGACUGGCGGGCCGCGAACGAUUCUAAAACGGACAAAGACAAAGUGACAUAUUUCAUUGAUAAAUUGCAACCACGUACUUUGUAUAAGUUCCGUUUGCUUCUGAGAUAUCCUAGCUAUAAAAAAGACUUUCUGUGGCCGACAGAUGGAAGAUUCACGUUUCAAACGUUAGGCGAUGUACCAAGUGCUCCGGGAAUGCCUACGGUAACGAAACUCCGUAAUUCCGUGUACCAAUUGAACUGGGAGCCAGCGCAAGCUCACGGCUCCCAGAUUACUCUGUACCGUGUCGUGGGAAUAAAAAUAAACGAAAUUAACGAACAAAUCGACUCGAACGAGAACGCAAGCUGGAGGCUUUACUAUAACGGGACUGACAAUUAUUGGAUAAUUACGGGCGAUAUGGACGACAAGUAUCGGUUUCGUGUUCAGGCGAGAAACGCGUACGGAUUCGGUGGCUGGAGUAGAUCCAGCCCAGUCGUUGAUUUAACAGAGACUACUGGAGGGAUUUUGGCAACGCAACAGCAUCUUGGAUUGGUGUUAGGGCUCAGCGUUCCUGUUAUCACUAUAAUGCUAAUCUGCUUCUGUUAUUUCCUUUGCCCAGUUUAUCGGCAACGCAAGGAAGACAAGAAGGCUGUUUUACCGCCUUUGGUGAGCGACGUGGAGCUAGCCACACUUCGGGAGAUCCCUCGUGGAAAUUUUGUUCAGUCCAACGCCCUUUACGCCUCCACAUUGCAAAACGAUCCCGACGAUUCUACGCUUCCUAAGAUACGAAGGGAGCAAAUCACUCUGGCGAAAUUUUUGGGCAGUGGAGCCUUUGGCGAAGUAUUUCAAGGGAAUGCGAAAGACUUGGAGAGACCAGGAGUCACCCCGGUUGCGAUCAAGACACUCAGAAAGGGUGCAUCGUCGCAAGAGAAAACCGAAUUCCUUCAAGAAGCGAGACUCAUGAGUCAUUUUCGGCACAAACACGUGCUCCGGCUUCUUGGUGUCUGUUUAGACACGGACCCACCGUUGUUGGUGUUGGAACUGAUGGAAGCCGGUGAUUUAUUGAGCUAUUUAAGAGCAAGUCGAUCGCUGCAACCCACCGAUUCACACGCUUUGCGUCUGCAAGAUUUGUUGGCCAUGUGCGAGGACGUGGCAAGGGGAUGUCGUUAUCUGGAGGAACUUCAUUUUGUACAUAGAGAUCUUGCGUGCAGGAACUGUUUAGUCUCCGCCAGGGAGAGGGAGAACCGGGUUGUUAAGAUUGGCGAUUUUGGGCUUGCAAGAGAUAUUUAUAAGAACGAUUAUUAUAGAAAAGAAGGGGAAGGAUUACUGCCUGUCCGUUGGAUGGCUCCUGAAUCCUUGGUCGAUGGUGUAUUCACUUCUCAAAGUGAUGUCUGGGCAUUCGGAGUAUUAAUGUGGGAGAUCACAUCUCUGGGCCAACAACCAUAUCCUGCCAGAACAAAUCUUGAAGUGUUGCAUCACGUGCGUGCAGGUGGGAGACUACCGAAGCCUCAGAACUGUCCACCUGGUUUGCAUCAAUUGAUGUUGCGUUGUUGGAGUUCUGCUGACACUAGACCGAGUUUCAAAGUCUGCCUGAAGAAUAUAGUUAGCCUUCGGGGUACUAUAGAGGAUGCAGCAUUGAGCCCUGUGCAUGCUGGUCAUUACUUAGCUAGAAGAGGCGUGUCUAACAUGGCUUACUUUGCUGACGAGAAUCAAAAUCAUAACAAUUCAGGAAAUUCAUGGAAAUCCAGCAGUUCAGAAGGCAGUCGUGAUAUGCAGCCGUUCCUUCAAAUUUGUCAUAACCCGUCGCAAUUGAGCGAAAUACCAAAAUAUUUGGAACUAUUGGCGGAUAACGAAGAUAUUAUUUUAAGGGAGAAUUCAACAAGUGGAUACGAAGUGCCGCGAUCAAUUUAUAUGUCUGAUCAAAACUUAGGUAAUGUAAAUAAAGCUAGUACAAACGCGGAUUUAAAGGAUAAUUUGCAUUCCGACACGUUGCAAGAACAGAAUGAUUCUUUGACCGAUGAUAAAGAACAAUCAGCAAGGCGGUGUGAUAAGAGAUCUUCUGUGUCUAGUUUGAAUCUACCAGAACGUAAGAGAGCAUCGAUCACAAGUAUGACUGAAAAAUGUAAUACCUUAGAUAGUUCAAAAUUAACCAGUCCCACUCUUAAGGCGAUUUUGAAAAGGGACUCUUUUACCUCGUUAAAUGAUCACCGAAAGAACAAAAGGAAUACGAAUGAACGACGGGGAUCAGAAAUUAGUUUAGAGGGUAGAAGUACCAGUUCUCUCAGUUCAAAUAUAAGUUUAGCCCCACCUACGCGACCCAGCUCGUCGUUAAUUAGUUCACAAAAUGUUCUUGCAUUGAAAAACAGUGUUAUGGGUGGUACCGGAGACUCUGCAGUGAAUGACAAUAACGUUACGAGAAGUAUAUUGCCAAAAAUUCAAAGGACUCAUUCUAAUUUACAGAAUGGCAAAGCAAAUAUUCCUUUAGCGAUAAAUAGUGCGUUACUGAAUUUGUUAAGGCAAACACCGGUCGAAGAUAGUAAUAAUAUUGUUACAUAUACGAAUAUCAAUGCAGACGCUGUUAGGGUAAACGGAUCGUGA